AUGAAACUGCACUACACUAAAAUAUUAUUAUUUUUCUUUCCAUUAAAUAUAUUGUUAACAUCAUAUCAUGAACAUAAUAAAAAUAAACCAUACAUCACAUCACAUACACCAACUACUACCUCAAGAGUUUUAAGCGAAUGUGACCUAUAUAUGCCCAAUUAUGAUAAAGAUGCGGAUAUGAAAUCUGUGAAGGAAAACUUCGAUCGACAAACGUCACAACGUUUUGAAGAAUACGAAGAACGUAUGAAAGAUAAACGGCAAAAACAUAAAGAAGAACGUGACAAAAAUAUACAAGAAAUUAUUUUAAAAGAUAAAAUCGAAAGAUCAUUAGAAGAAAAAGUGGAAAAAUGUUGUCUUAUAUGUGGGUGUGGGUUAGGAGGUGGUGUUGCACCAUUUGUUGGAUUAUUUGGUGGACUUGCUGUAAACGAAUUGAAAAAAGAUGCUGCGGUUGCUGCUACUGAAGCGGGUAUUAAAAAAGCCAUUGAAGGAGUAGGAAGUAUAUUUUAUCUAGAAGAGGGAUCUCCUAUUCCAUGGAUGAACAAGAUUCACGCAGGAAAUUAUAAUCAGAAAAUGCCUCUUGUUACAAUAGUAAACUCUAUAUAUAAUAAUUGCGAGGAUGAUCCAUCUUCUGCAGGUUCUUUAUUUUGCCAGGCUUCAAAGUCAUUUAUUGAAGAAAGACAGCGUCCUGUGUUUACUAAAACUAUUUCAGAAAUGGCAGGAAAUGCUGCAGAAGCUGCUGGAAAAGCAGCAAAUGAGAAAUAUGCAGAGAUGACAAGUGUUGGUACUAUUUGUUCUGAUCCUAUUGUAAUUUCUGCUAUAGUAGUAGUGACUAUAGCUGUUAUACUUUUAAUUAUUUAUUUAAUUUUACGUUAUCGUAGAAAAAAGAAAAUGAAUAAAAAACUCCAAUACACAAAAUUAUUAAAUCAAUAA